GCUCAGUAGAGGAAUGGAGGUUGGCGUUAACACCAAACUCUUAUACGUAGAAACUUGCGAUCACCGAAAUCUCGAGAAGCAAGCUCAACAACAGGGAAGAGAAUAGGUUGCCAAAGAUUCCACUAGCUAAACACAUUUGCAGAAAGUAGAGGUUAAGUGCACUUGAAAUGGUGAGUGACAUGCAGCUAUGAAAAGCUUCGUAAGUAGAAGAAAUGCUGAGGCAAUACGGAGGCGUUUCCAACCAUGGAACGGUUUACAUUUAUCACUUGUCUCUCCGAUGAGGACGAAGGGGUUUUGUGCUCAAAGUGCAGUCCACCAGUACGAUGAGAGUGGUAGGAAACUGAAGAGCUUUAGCAGGGAACAAGAGAUGAAGGAUAUUAGAACCUUAUUGCAGUACUGUAUUGAUAACAAAGCUCUACCAGGUGCCAAAAGGAUGUACAUCCGUAUGAUUGAAAAAGGAUUUGAGCCAGGAGUUUUUCAAGGAAAUGGUAUUCUUAACACCCAUGUCAAAGCUGGCCUUCUCAAGGAUGCACGCCAGCUGUUCGACAGAAUGCCGAAACGAGAUGAGGUUUCCUGGACCAUCAUGAUUGCAGGGUAUGCUAAUGGGAUGAAUGAACACGAAGCUUUGCAGCUGUUUUUGCAGAUGCUGAAGACGGAUGUGAAGCCAGAUUCCUUCGUUUUUGCUAGUGUUCUUAAGGCCUGCGCAGGCUUGGGCGAAGGCGGGGAACAGGUGCAUGCGCAUGUAAUUAGAGUUGGCUACGAGUCCAACACAUUUGUUGGUAAUGCCAUUGUGGACAUGCAUAUAAAAUGCGGGAGAAUGAAGGAUGCACGCCAAAUGUUUGAUAGAAUGUCGGAACGUAAUGACUUUACGUGGACAACUAUAAUUACAGGAUACGUACAACGUGGGAAUGGAAGAGAAGCGCUUAAAAUGUUCAGUUUGAUGAAUUGGACAGACACAAAGCCGAAUCCAUUUAUCAUUUCCAGCUUAUUGAGGGCGUGCACUGAUAUGAGUGAUUUCGAACAGGGAGAAUGCCUUCAUGCUAGUGCCAUCAAGAUGGGUUUUGAAGCAAAUGUAUUUGUUGGGAAUUCUCUGGCAACAAUGUAUCCAAAAAUUGGAAGAAUCAAGGAUGCAAAGAAACUGUUUGAUGAAAUGUGGGAGCGAGAUGUAGUAUCGUGGACGACAAUGAUUGUUGGAUUUGCACAAAGUGGCCAUGUUGAGGAGGCUUUGCAACUUUUUGGACAAAUGCUGAAGACGGAUAUUAAGCCAAACGAGUUCACAUUUGCAAUUGUUGUCAGUACAUGUGGAAGCCUAGCUGCUCUAGAACAAGGUAAGCAAUUCCAUGCCCAUGUCAUCAGAAAUGGACUUGUAUCAUUUUUAUCAGUAGGAAAUGCUCUUACUGCAAUGUAUACCAAAUGCGGGAGGAUAAACGACGCUCACCAAGUGGUUGAUGAGAUGACUAUAAAAGAUGUGGUUUCAUGGACUACAAUUAUUAUGGGAUAUGUGGACAAAGGCUACGAUGAAGAAGCCUUAAAGCUUGCGUUCCAAAUUCAAAGAUUGGGAAUAAAGCUUAACGAGUUCACGCUUUCCACUGUCCUUACUGCAUGCGCUAAUUUAGCAGUUCUUCAAACAGGAAGACAAGUGCAUACCCUUAUUAUUAAGGCUGGAUAUGAGUUGGAAAUUUCUGUUAAUAGUGCCCUUAUUUCAAUGUACUCCAAAUGUGGAAACAUAGAUUAUGCAGGACAAAUGUUUAGCUUAAUGUCUAAAGGAGAUGUCGUGACUUGGACUACAAUGAUUACAGGGUAUGCAAUCCACGGGCUUGGUAUAAAGGCACUCCAGCUCUUUGAACAAAUGCAACAAAAAGGGGUAAAGCCAGAUUCUAUUACCUUUAUUGGCGUUCUCUCUGCAUGUAGCAAUGCAGGGUUAGUGGAUGAAGGGUGGUACCACUUUAAUUCCAUAAGUAAAGAAUAUGGAAUUAAACCAAUAAUAGAACAUUAUGGUUGCAUGGUGGAUCUUCUUGGUCGAGCUGGGCAGCUGGAUGAAGCAGAAGAAUUUAUAAAGAAAAUACCAUUCAAACAUGACACCGUUGUCUGGGGAGCCUUGCUUGGUGCCUGCAAAGUCCAUGGAAAAUAUGAUCUGGGAAAACGUGUAGCAGAUCGCAUACUACAGUUAGAUCCACAAUGUGCGGGAACACUCAUACUACUUGCAAACAUGUUUGCUGCAGAUGGUAGGUGGUCCGAUGUAGCCAAUGUUAGAAAAAAUAUGAAAGAAAAUGGACUGAAAAAACAGCCAGGACAAAGUUGGAUUGAAGUGCAAAACAGGUUGUUUACAUUUGUUUCAAAGGAUUCAAUGAUGGAUUACAUUCAAAACCAUGGGAAAUCUACUCCGUGCUAAAGUAGCUGGUUGAGAAGAUGGAUAAAGUUGAUAUAUUUCAGUAAUAAAAUUCAUGUGCUGUAAUGUUUAAGAGGAGAAGAAAGGGGACAUUCUCAACCACCAUAGCAUAUAUAGACAUGGAUGGUCGGCUUUGAGAAAAAUAGAAGGAUCCUUUAUUCAAUGACUUUGUUGGUUUACCUAAUCAAUAACAUCCUGCAGGGUUUACGACGAAGUGUGGAUGUAUUGGCAAAGCUUUGGUUUAAUGACAGUCUACUUGUGAGCUUCACCAUGAGGUUGGAAUGCAGGGGUAGAAAUAUUGAACAAUAUAUAAGGUAGUUUUGGUGAUGCAAAGAGGUCGUUGCCUAUAGCUAUGCUUUUGAAGAAUAUGUUUUCACCAGCUGAGUUACAUACAGCUAUAAUCACAUCUACCUUCUGAUGGCUGAACUCUUCAUGAACUGGCACUCUCACUUGCAAACCAGACAAGAAUUUCUGAAAAAAAAAUGACCAAUUUCAAUGAAGACCUCUGUGCAAAGUGUGGGGAUGGUGGUCUUCUCUUUGGCUGUGCUGGCUGUGCCAAGUCCUAGCACAAAGGUGAAAACUCGUCUGAUCUGUAUUUUUCUUUAAUUGUUGGCUUGUUGUGAUGUAAGCACUUCCCAUCAUUUAGGCAUAAAACAUGUUUACUGUAGCUUGGCUGGAGUCCUUGAAAAUUUUGUCUACAUGAUAAAAAAAUCAGGUCAUGCCUACCUCAUUUAUGCAAAGUAAACUCAAUCUAUUUUCAAUGA